UGAUAAGGCCAGCAUCCAUCCCAGAUUCAGUCCCCGCAACUGACAAUUGAGCAGAUGACUCUCGUCUUGCUCUCUUAGAUCUCCCUCGCUCAUACAAUCAUCACAGUGGGAGAUAAACAUGCGUGACAAAAGACCUCUGCUCUCUCUUGGGAUGGUCUUGUGGAUAACAAUGCCAUUUGUCCCGCCGGCAUUAAGAAGCGGGUCUUUGAGCAAUCUCAGAGCAAAGGAAAGUCGCCAGAAAGAGGUGCUAAAAAUAUCGUCUACAAUGAAGGAAUGAUUAGACGGUUGCUACUGUACUGUGGAAAAAUCAAC